AUGCCGCUUUCCCGUGCCCAGCCAAACGUCCAGUGGCUUCUAGACGAGUCGGGUGCUUGGUUCUACUACGAUUCUGGGCGCGAUAGGCUCGUUUUAUUUGGAACGGGCAGACCAUUCGAAGACCUUCAAACGUUCCGAGGUCGAUGUACCUCGACACAAAGCGGCGUGGGAUACCACUGCGAAGAACGAAAUACGCCGCGCGAAGACUCCGGGUCCGAACAAAAGCACGACGGUAGCAGUGGUGACAGUAGUGAAUCAGAAGAGGAGGCCGAGAAUGAGAGCAACGACGAGACCCGGGAUACAGCAAGACGAGCAGAGGAGUACAGUGUACCCAAUAGGCCUCGAAUCGAAGCCCCACGAUACGAUCCGGCAAGAAACAUGCCUGCCUUAGACCAACAGAUGCAACAGCUCCGAUUGAGUGAUUCUAGUAGUAUCCCAAAUGUCAUGUACUCACUGAGCAGUUCGCCGCAACUAUAUCCACGACCGUGGUUAGGUCAACAGAGCUUUGUACCCAGCGACACCAAUGUCAGGCCCUAUUAUCCAACCCCGCGUCCAUCAACACCUCCAGACAUAAGCGUGCCAAGCGCCACGGCAGCAAAAUCAGCUGCAGCGGACUCUUCGACUCCUCGGUAUCCCUCCGGUCCAGCUGUCGCAGAUGAUGGCGGAGCAGAGUUCUCGGUUGAGAUCAACGGACGAACAACAAACGGCAAGUAUGAUGCCGCGGCUGAAGGCAACUUUGUUUCAGCGACUUCCAUACGCAGUGCCUCAUUAGGGCGUCAUCUACAGCCGGUCAAGAGAAAGGAUAGCUUGCGCGGCCCCGGGGGCCGGCCUGUCGAACCAAAGUACUCCAUAGACCUGCGUUGGUGGACUGGAGGAAAGAGCUACCAGAAAUCGUGCUAUGUGUCUGAAAUUCCUGGAUUCGACCUGAUUCUGGGCCACCAGUUUAUUCGAUAG